AUGACGCGACCGAUAGUCUACAGCGUCGCCCUCAGCGUCUUUGUCUGCACAACCGUCCUGACGAUAGUCUCUAUCCUCACGCCCCACUGGGUCUCCUACUCGGUUACGGCCGACACGGGCUCGACAUUUACCAAAUACAUCGGGCUUCAUAAGAGUUGCUCCUCGGUUGACGAUCCGUCGUGUCGGCCUUUCCCUAACGACGAUGACUGCCGCGACGACCAGUUCUUCUGCUCCAUGUGGCGAAGCAGUGGCUUCCUCAUCUCCUUCGCCACCAUCGUCGAGCUCGCGACCCUAAUCACCUUCCUCGUCGUCAUGGCUGGCGGCAAGUACAAGCGCGAGACCGGCUGGAAGCUGAUCGGCUGCUUCCUACUCGCCGACGCCGCCGUCGAGUUCGCGAGCAUGGGCAUCGUAGCCUACCUCUUCGACACCGAUUCUCAAUUCGUCAUCCCUGGCUGGUCCCUGGAUUGGUCUUGGAUCCUAUGUACCGUCAGUGCAACAGUCUCCGUCUUGAUUGCGACGAGUCUGGCUGCCUCCGCCUGGCUACUUCCACCGGAAGACGACUACGAAUAUCUGGAGGAUCCAAUGGACGCUUAA